CCAAUCAUCAUCUUCGUCCAAUUUUCGAUCGAUUCACCAAAUUGUCUUAUUACUCCAUUGUAAUUUAUUUUCUUGAUUUAGCGAAAUUGAUUCCAUCAGAUUCUUUUUUGUAACAUCAGUCAAUUUUCCAAUUCGUUAUACACGAAUUUUCUAGGGUUUUGUUGAAAUUGAGAUUCAGAUUUGCUCUCUCUGAAUCCAUUAAGUUAGGGCUAUGGCGGAGGACAAAAACGGCGGACGUGUGAACGACGAAACUGAAUACUCGUCGGAGGACGAAGGUACAGAGGAUUAUAAGAAAGGAGGAUACCAUGUCGUGAGAGUUGGUGAUACUUUUAAAAAUGGAGCUUAUGUGAUUCAGAGUAAGCUUGGUUGGGGACAUUUCUCUACUGUUUGGCUUGCUUGGGACACUCAAGAAUCGCGUUAUGUAGCUUUGAAAGUUCAGAAGAGUGCUCAACACUAUACAGAGGCAGCGAUGGAUGAGAUUAAGAUUCUGAAACAGAUUGCUGAAGGUGACCCGGGUGAUAAGAAAUGUGUUGUAAAGCUACUGGAUCAUUUCAAGCAUUCGGGUCCUAAUGGGAAACAUGUUUGUAUGGUUUUUGAGUAUUUGGGAGAUAACCUUUUGUCAGUUAUUAAGUACAGUGAUUACCGAGGGGUUCCUCUUCACAUGGUUAAAGAGCUCUGUUUUCAUAUUUUGGUUGGGUUGGAUUAUCUUCACCGUGAGCUCUCUAUUAUUCAUACUGAUUUAAAGCCGGAGAAUGUUUUGCUUUUGUCUACGAUUGAUCCAUCAAGAGAUGCUCGGAGGUCGGGUGUUCCACUUGUUCUGCCAACCACCAAGGAUAAAAUUGUUUCUGAGUCAGCUGCUAAACCUGAAACUAAGAGUUAUACGUAUGAUGGGGAUUUGACAAAGAAUCAGAAGAAGAAGAUUCGUAAGAAAGCGAAGAAGGUGGUGGUGGCUCAAGAUUGUGGUGGAGAGGAAGCUUCCGAAGAAAAUGCAAUACAUUCUAACUCCGAAGCAAGAACAAAUGGCAAUUCCACCGUAGAGAGAUCGGAAGGAAGUUCCACAAGAUUAAUGGAAGAUGAAGAAGCCAGAGAGAAGGCUAACAAAAAGAAUGGUCGGGGUAGUAGGAGAGGAAGCCGAACCACAAGGCAGAAAUUACUGAGUGAUAUAGAGUGCAAAUGCAAAUUAGUAGAUUUUGGUAAUGCUUGUUGGACAUAUAAACAGUUCACAAGCGAUAUUCAGACAAGGCAAUACCGAUGUCCGGAGAUUGUUCUUGGAUCAAAAUACUCAACCUCUGCAGAUAUGUGGUCCUUUGCUUGUAUUUGUUUCGAGCUGGCCACCGGAGAUGUCCUAUUUGAUCCUCACAGCGGCGAAAACUAUGACCGGGAUGAGGAUCACCUGGCAUUGAUGAUGGAGCUUCUCGGGAUGAUGCCACGAAAGAUUGCAUUAGGUGGUCGAUACUCGCGGGAUUUUUUCAACCGACAAGGUGAACUAAGGCACAUCCGGCGGUUGCGGUUUUGGCCCAUCAGCAAAGUCUUGAAGGAGAAAUAUGAUUUCAGCGAGCAGGACGCAAAAGACAUGGCAGAUUUCUUAGUCCCAAUUCUUGAAUUUGUGCCUGAGAAGAGACCAACAGCCGCCCAAUGCCUAACACACCCAUGGUUCAAUCCAGGCCCAAGAUUACUGGAACCAUCAUUGAAACCGCAACAACCGAAAGGAGAAGGACCAGCAAAUGAGAACAGAGAAAAGGAAAAGGACGAAAGAGAGGCAAUGGAGGCUGGUGUAGGGAACAUCGCUAUUGAUGGCUCUGAACCGAAGGGAGGAUUGCUUGAAGUAGCAAAGGAGAAGAUCAACGAAGCCAUCUCCACAAAACUCGAUAUCGACUUCACUUCAAAUCUUGUCAACAUAGCGGAUUUCGGUUGUUCCACUGGACCUAACACUUUCAAAGCGAGCUCAAGAGCUCGUCUCCGGUGGAUUGCUGUUGCUUCUUGGAUCAUAUGUCUACCAAAUGGAGUUCAAAUGUCUGAAACAUUAAAUGGAAUGAUGAUAGAUUGCAUUGAAUCUUCUCUUAAUGACAUAGCUAAAGAGGGCCUGAUUGAUCAAGAAAAGCUUGACACUUUCAAAUUGCCUAUCUAUGUUGCCUACGCGGGUGAGAUAAAGCAAAUCAUCGACGAUAAUGGGUGUUACACAAUAGAGAGGUACGAUACAAUCAGCCACGAAAACGAGGAGAUUCCAUUAGACCCCGAGUUUUUGACGGUCUCAUUUAAGGUCACUAUUGGAGGAAUUGUAUCUUCACAAUUUGGUCAACAUGUCAUGGAGAAAACGUUUGAAGUUGUCAAGCCAAAGACACAAGAAAUACUUCCUCAACUUGCCAAUGCCAAACCAGGGAUGCAAUACCUUAUCGUGCUUCAAAGAAUUUGAUUUGUUUCAAGAUCAUUACAGUGAUGUAUUUUUUU